AAAAUCAUUCCGAAUAUAUACGAAAAACAAACUGAUAAAACACAAAAAAGCUUGCAAAAUUCAAGCAUGGAUGGAAGAAGAUAUUCGUUCCUUUUGGUUGCCCUUGCUCUGGUUUUCAUUUCCAUGGGAGCCAGCUUGGCUCAAGGUCAAGGCAAAGCUGGCAACAACAAGAAGGCACCCUAUGACGCUGCUUCGACACAUUACGAGGUUUUGAAACCCAGCAAGAAAGGACAAGAAAAAUUUCUAUGCCUUGCACGAGGAGCUUGUAAUGGAAAGCACCUGACAUGUCCGAGUCAAUGCCCCGAGAGGAAACCCAAGAAGAACAAGAAGAACAAAGGCUGCUUCGUUGAUUGCAGUAGCAAAUGUGAAGUCACUUGCAAAUGGAGGAAACCGCACUGUAAUGGAUAUGGAUCUCUCUGCUACGAUCCAAGGUUUGUGGGUGGUGAUGGAGUUAUGUUUUACUUCCACGGAGCCAAGGGAGGGAACUUCGCCAUUGUUUCGGACGAUAACCUUCAAAUCAAUGCGCACUUUAUUGGAACCCGCCCCCAAGGAAGGACUCGGGACUACACAUGGGUGCAAGCCCUAGCAGUUAUGUUCGACCGUCACACACUCGUCCUCGCUGCCAAGAGAGUCUCUCAAUGGGACGACAGCUUCGAAGCACUCAUCGUACGAUGGGACGGCGAGGAAGUUAAUGUCCCCACCGACGGCGACGCCGAAUGGAGGGCGACCGAUUCCAAUGAACGAGAAGUGGUGAUCGAAAGAACCGACGAAACCAACGGCGUUAAAGUGACGGUGGCGGGGUUGGUGGAGCUGAACGUGAAAGUUAGAGCCAUUGGAGAAGAAGAAAACAAGGUUCAUAAUUACCAGUUACCGGCGAACGAUGCGUUUGCGCAUUUGGAAACGCAGUUCAAGUUCACCAACCUGACCGAUCUCGUUGAAGGAGUGUUGGGGAAAACCUACCAACCGGACUAUAUCAGCCCGGUGAAAAGAGGCGUUCCGAUGCCGAUGAUGGGCGGAGAAGACAAUUACCAAACGCCAUCGCUGUAUUCUCCUGUCUGCAAAGCUUGCAAAUUCAAAGGACAAGUCGAUUUUGCAAGCAUUUAAGGACUAAUGUCCAUCUCAAAUAACUAAAAUAAAAAAUAACAUACAUGAUGUUCUUUGGUAUAAUAAAAGUACGUAUUUUUCAGUUGGAGUCA